GGGCGGGGGGUGUCGCUGUCAGCAGGCUCGGGGUUGAGGGUUUAGUUGUCGGAGUGAGUCCGGAGCGCAGUCACAGGAUACCGCCGCCUCCUCCAGCGCCUGGCACCGCGGGAAGCAGCAUGGAGAUGAUGGACACAAUGGAGAGGCCUAUUAAGGUCACAGAAUGGCAGAAGACAUACACCUACGAUUCCGGCAUUAAUUCAGGGAUGAACACCUCGGCACCAUCUGUGACCGGCAAGACCAUGCUAAUGGAUGAUGAUGAUCUGGGAGGCUAUUCCCAGUACACAACAGUGAAAACUACUACAUACUCACAACCACAAGUACAAGCAUCGGGAGAGAUGGAGUCGCAGAUGGCCAUGACACGUGCCCAGCGUGUGCGUGCUGCCAUGUACCCAGAGACUGUGGAAGACCACCACUCUGCCUAUCUACUUUCCACACAGAUUGAUGGGCAGCAGACCAACGUACAGAAGCUGGCUGAGCCCUCACAGAUGCUGAAAUCGGCUAUUGUCCAUCUCAUUAACUAUCAGGAUGAUGCUGAAUUGGCUACCCGCGCCAUCCCUGAGCUGACCAAACUCCUGAAUGAUGAAGAUCCGGUGGUGGUGAACAAGGCCUCUAUGAUUGUCAAUCAACUUUCCAAAAAAGAGGCUUCUCGCCGGGCCCUGAUGCAGUCUCCACAGAUUGUGGCCGCCGUAGUGCGCACCAUGCAGAACACAAGCGAUAUGGAAACGGCCCGAUGCACCACCAGCAUUCUACACAACCUGUCCCACCACCGAGAGGGGCUCUUAUCCAUCUUCAAAUCUGGAGGCAUUCCUGCUCUUGUGCGCAUGCUUAGCUCCCCGGUGGAGUCAGUGCUCUUCUACGCCAUAACCACUCUGCACAACUUGCUGCUAUACCAGGAAGGUGCCAAAAUGGCUGUCCGCUUGGCUGACGGACUGCAGAAAAUGGUUCCACUGCUCAACAAGAACAACCCCAAAUUCUUGGCUAUCACAACAGACUGCCUGCAGCUUUUGGCAUACGGAAACCAGGAGAGCAAGCUGAUUAUUCUGGCCAAUGGAGGCCCACAAGGUCUUGUGCAGAUCAUGAGGACCUACAACUAUGAGAAGCUGCUGUGGACCACAAGCAGAGUCCUGAAGGUUCUAUCUGUCUGCCCCAGCAACAAACCUGCCAUCGUGGAAGCCGGGGGAAUGCAGGCUCUCGGGAAGCAUCUGACUAGCUCCAGCCCCAGACUUGUACAGAACUGCCUAUGGACUCUGAGGAACUUGUCUGAUGUGGCCACCAAACAGGAAGGCCUAGACAAUGUACUGAAGAUUCUGGUGAACCAGCUAAGCUCAGAUGACGUGAACGUCCUCACUUGUGCCACCGGCACCCUCUCCAACUUGACUUGCAACAACAGCCGCAACAAAACCCUGGUCACCCAAAGCAACGGAGUGGAGUCUUUGAUUCACACCAUCCUGAGAGCGAGUGACAAAGAUGACAUCUCAGAGCCAGCAGUUUGCGCCUUGCGCCAUCUCACCAGCCGUCACCCGGAUGCAGAGGUGGCUCAGAACUCUGUGCGACUUCACUAUGGCAUCCCAGCCAUUGUCAAGCUGAUUGGCCAACCCUACCAGUGGCCACUGGUCAAGGCAACCAUUGGAUUGAUCCGAAAUCUGGCAUUGUGCCCUGCCAACCAUGCCCCACUACAUGAUGCUGGCGUCAUCCCCCGCCUGGUCCAGCUGCUUGUUAAAGCUCACCAGGAUGCACAGAGGCAUGCGGCUUCAGGAACCCAACAGCCAUAUACGGAUGGUGUCAGAAUGGAGGAGAUUGUGGAAGGCUGCACUGGAGCUCUUCAUAUCCUGGCAAGGGACCCCAUGAACCGCAUGGAGAUCUACAAGCUCAACACCAUCCCCUUGUUUGUACAGCUCCUGUAUUCACCCGUGGAAAACAUUCAACGAGUGUCAGCUGGAGUGCUCUGUGAAUUGGCUCAGGAUAAAGAAGCAGCCGACACCAUUGAUGCCGAGGGUGCGUCUGCUCCUCUGAUGGAACUCCUGCAUUCCCAUAAUGAGGGCACAGCUACCUAUGCUGCUGCCGUCCUAUUCCGUAUCUCUGAGGACAAGAACCCGGACUACAGGAAGAGAGUGUCUGUGGAACUGACCAAUGCCAUCUUCCGCCAGGACCCCGCAGCCUGGGAAGCGGCACAGAGCAUGAUCCCCAUUGGUGAACCUUACGCUGAUGAUGACAAUUACCGUCCCAUGUAUCAUGAUGAAAUCCCUCUUGAUCAUAUGGGUGAUUUAGAGCCAGAUUAUGCAAUUGAUGGUUACAGUGACCACGGAGGGCGUUUGUAUGCCGAUAAUAACAUGAUGGCUUAAAUCUUUAAGCACAAGAUCUUUUUCAUGGAAGAACAUAACCAAGACAGAAGUGCCUACAAAGACCACGUUCCCGCACCUCCUCUCCCCUUGAAGCAUCCCUUUUACAAAGAGCUUUUAUUUGAUAGACUUUUGCACGGGGUCAUGUGUCUUCUUUCAUACCCUCCCCUCAGCAUUUGGGGUUCUGCUUUUAGAAUGCGGUGUAUUAACCUCCAUCUCUUCAGCCUUGAGGUUAAUAAAAUAUUUUCUUUGCCAUU